CUCGGCUAAGAUGGCUGCAAAGGAGGGGGCCGGAAGUGCUGCCACAGCCUGCGGUAGUUGUGAUGCUGAGGCUAUGGAGCGGGUUUUGCCGGUGUUGUUGGUGCCGGUCCCCGCCGAGGCUAUAGCGAGACUGGGAUCCCGGGCUCAGCUGCACAGAGACCAGGAGAUUCUGGGGAGCCUGACGGCUGCGGGCAGCCUUCAAGUGCUUUACUUGGCGCCGGGCGGCCAAGGCGGGGGCAGCUGCGGCUGCUGUCUCGAAGGCCCUUUCCAGCACUUUCUGUGGGAGAAUUCUCAUAACAGCAGCACACCAACAGAUAAGCCCAAACUGCUCACUCUUAGUGAGAGUUAUGAACUAUUCAUCUAUGAAUUCAAUUUGAAAGAUGGAAGAUGUGAUGCAGCUAUUUUAUAUAACUGUCCUGGGGAGACAUUACAAAAGCUCAUCGAAGAUCACGAUAUCGGUAUUUCCUUACUCUCUUUAAGAAUUCUGUCAUUUCACACUAACACAUCAUUAUUGUUCAUCAACAACUGUAUCAUCUUACACAUUAUGUUUCCUGAAAGAGAUGCUGAGAUUAGAGUACUGAACUGUUUUAAACUACCCUUGCCUGCACAGGCAGUGGACAAGAUUAUUGACACACAGCUUUGUGGAGGAAUUCUUUUUGUUUUGAAUAGUUUAGGCUGGAUCUAUAUUUUUGACAUUGUGAAUGGCACACAUGUUGCUCAUGUGGAUUUAGCCCUUCACCAAGAAGAUAUGUGUAAUGAGCAGCAACAGGAGCCAGCCAAGAUGUCUUCUCUCACUUCACUGAAAGUGUCUCAAGACCUAGACGUUGUAGUGAUUGUGAACUCCUCCAACUCUGCAAUCGCUGUUAACUUAAAUUUGUAUUUCAGGCAACAUCCAGGACACCUACUAUGUGAAAGAAUGCUAGAAGAUCUUCCAAUUCAAGGACCUAAGGGGAUAGACGAAGAUGAUCCUGUUAACUCUGACUACAACUUGAAACUGACCAAAUUUGCUUUCCAGGUUGAUAGGUCUUGGAAAGCCCAGCUAACAUCAUUGAAUGAAAUAAUAAGGAGCCCUCAACUGGAGGUUUCCCACUGUGCUCCAUGGUUCCAGGAUAUUUUGCAUUUGGAGUCUUCUGAAUCUGGUAACCACAGUACCAGUGUGCCGAGCUGGGCCUUCACUCCACAGCGCGUGUUGUAUGGCCAGUAUAAUUUUCCACUGAAAGAUCAUGCCAAGACCAGUGAUCCAGAGAGGUCAUGGAAGAUAAUGCAUAUCAGUGAACAAGAGGAACACAUAGAGUUUGAGUGUGUGUCUGUGACAGGAUUCACUGUACUGUUUACUUGGGCAGCAAAAAGAACAGGCUGUUCCAUUGCCCUCUGGGAUUUGGAGACUCAGGGUAUGCAGUGUUUUUCCCUAGGUAAAAAGUGUAUUCCUGUAGACAGUAGUGGAGACCAGCAGUCAUUCCUUGUUUUGACAGAAAAUGGACUCUCUCUGAUUUUGUUUGGUUUGACUCAAGAGGAGUUUUUAAAUAGACUAAUGAUCCAUGGAAGUGCCAGCACUGUGGACUCUCUUUGUCAUCUCAAUGCUUGGGGGAGGUGUUCAAUCCCCAUACAUGCUCUAGAGGCUGGGAUAGAAAAUCGUCAGCUAGACACAGUAGAUUUCUUUUUGAAGAGCAAGGAAAAUCUUUUCGAUCCAUCUUCAAAUUCUUCUGUACCUGUUCAGUUUGAUCAUUUCCCAACCCAUUUGUAUUUAAGAAAUGUGGAAGAGCUAACACCAGCAUUGGAUUUACUUCGUUCUGCAAUUAGAGAAAGCGAUUCUGAAACCCAAAGCAAACACUUUUCGGAACAGUUGCUUAAUCUUACACUGUCCUUCCUUAACAAACAAGUAAAGGAGCUAUUUAUUCACACUGAAGAGUUAGAUGAACAUCUACAGAAAGGAGUGAACAUUUUCACCAGGUACAUUAAUGAACUUCGAACCUUCAUGAUGAAGUUUCCUUGGAAGCUAACAGAUGCUAUAGAUGAAUAUGAUGUAAAUGAAAUUGUUCCUAAAGUAAAGGGGAGUGAUACAUGGGAGAAACUCAGCUUUGAGGAAGUUAUUGCCAAUGCCAUUUUAAACAACAAAAUACCAGAGGCACAGACCUUCUUCAGGAUUAAUGGUCAUUCUGCUCAGAGACUUGAGGAGCUUAUUAGAAUAGGCCUAGAUUUGGUCUUUGACAAUUUAAAACAGAACAACAUAAAGGAAGCCUCUGAACUUUUGAAGAAUAUGGGCUUUGAUGUAAAAGACCAAUUGCUUAAGAUAUGCUUCUAUACAACUGAUAAAAAUAUACGGGACUUUUUGGUUGAAAUUUUAAAAGGAAAAAAUUAUUUUUCUGAAAAAGAAAAGAGAACUAUAGACUUUGUGCAUCGAGCUGAGAAGUUUUAUUCAGGACUUUCCCAAGGAAACAUGCAGAUCCAGUCUUUUCCCAGGUAUUGGAUGAAGGAACAAGAUUUUUCCAAGCACAAAUCUGUUUUGGACACAGUCAUGAAAUAUCGUAAAGAAGAAUUUAACAAAGAGGACCAUAGAAUUGUGUUAAAUUGGGCUCAGUGGUGGGAUCAACUAACACAAGAAUCCAUCCUUCUCCCCAGGAUAAGUACAGAAGAAUACAAAUUUUAUUCUCCUGAAACCCUCUGGAGAUACCUCACAGCUCAUCAUGAUUGGUUAAGCAUUAUCUCGUGGAUUGGAGAAUUUCAGACCCAGGAUAGCUAUGCUUCACUUCAGCAGAACAAAUGGCCCCCUCUGACUGUUGAUAUUAUUGAUCAGAAUACUUCUUGCAACAACUACAUGAGGAAUGAAAUUUUAGAUAAACUGGCCAGGAAUGGAAUUUUUCUUGCAUCUGAACUAGAAGACUUUGAACUCUUCCUCUUCAGACUGAGCUGUAUUGGGGGAGUGAUGCAAGAUAACCUCCCUGUUCAAAAUUACAGGACCAAAGAAGGUUGGGAUUUCCAUUCUCAUUUCAUUCUCUAUUGUUUGGAACACAGUCUGCAGCAUCUUCUUUAUGUCUACCUGGACUUUUACAAACUUAGUCCCCCAAAUUGUCCUUUUCUGGAAAAAAAGGAAUUACAUGAAGCUCAUCCCUGGUUUGAAUUUUUAGUUCAAUGUCGACAAGUUUCCAGUAAUUUAACAGAUCCCAAAUUGAUCUUCCAGGCCAGCCUUGCAAAUGCUCAGAUAUUGAUUCCCAGCAAUCAGGCUGGUGUAAGCAGUAUGCUAUUGGAAGGACAUACCCUCCUGGCCCUUGCUACCACAAUGUAUGCUCCUGGGGGUGUCAGUCAGGUUAUUCAGAAUAAAGAAAAUGAUAACUGUUUGAAGAAAGUGGAUCCCCAGCUGCUGAAGAUGGCAUUAACUCCUUACCCCAAGCUAAAAACUGCCAUCUUCCCUCAGUACAUUGCCCCUAGUAUCCUGCCACAUGAUAUUACACUCUAUCACCUUAUUCAGUCAUUAUUGCCCUUUGAUCCUAGCAGAUUGUUUGGCUGGCAAUCUACCAACACACUAGCUAUAGGAGAUGCAUCAAGUGAUCUCCCACAUUUCUCUAGUCCUGACCUGGUUAAUAAAUAUGCUCUAGUGGAACGUCUGAAUUUUGCUUAUUAUUUACAUCAUGGGCGACCAUCCUUUGCAUUUGGAACUUUUCUGGUCCAGGAAUUAACCAAGAGUAAGACACCCAAGCAGCUGAUCCAACAAGUAGGCAAUGAAGCCUAUGUUUUAGGGCUCUCCUCCUUCCACAUACCUUCAAUAGGAGCUGCCUGUGUUUGUUUCUUAGAAUUGCUUGGCCUCGACAGCCUCAAGCUCAGAGUUGAUAUGAAAGUGGCCAAUAUAAUUUUGAACUACAAGUGUAGAAAUGAAGAUGCUCGGUACAGCUUCAUCAGAGACUCUCUGGCUGAAAAACUGUCUAAACUGGCUGAUGGUGAAAAAGCAACCAUAGAAGAAUUACUUGUUCUGUUAGAAGAAGGUACAUGGAACAGCAUUCAGCAGCAGGAAAUAAAGAGGCUGUCGAGUGAUUCAAGCAACCAGUGGGCAUUAGUGGUACAGUUUUGCAGGCUCCACAAUGUGAAACUGAGCACAUCUUACCUCAGGGAAUGUGCCAAAGCCAAUGAUUGGCUGCAGUUCAUUAUUCACAGCCAACUUCAUAACUACCAUUUGGAGGAGGUGAAAUCCCUUCUCCAGUAUUUUAGCCCAGUCCUUCAAGACCACUUAAGACUGGCUUUUGAGAACUUGUCCUCAAUAUCCAAUUCUGGAAUGGACAGUGAUCAGGCCUGCAAGUCCCCCCAGAAGCUCCAGAGAAACAAAGAACAGACGACUGAUUUCUUUGAAAUUCUGCUCCACUGCUCAGAGGAGCCAAACUCCUGGUGCUGGCUCCUGGCUGAAGCAGUGAAACAACAGGCUCCUAUCCUUAGUGUCCUGGCCUCAUGUCUCCAGGAUGCCAAGGCUAUUCCUUGUUUCUGUGUUUGGAUCAUUGUAUCUGUGGAGGACGAUGUUGCAGCUGAAGCAAUGGGACACAUUCAAGACUUAGUAGAGGACCACACCUGGCACCUUGAGGACCUCUCCGUCAUCUGGAGAACAUUAUUAACAAGGCAGAAGAGCAACACUCUCAUUAGAGGUUUCCGGCUUUUCUUUAAGGAUUCCCCACUACUAUUGAUGAUGGAGAUGUAUGAACUGUGUAUGUUCUUCAAGAAUUAUGAGGAAGCCAAAAUGAAACUUACGGAGUUCCAUAAGAGUCUGGAAACUCUUGAAUCAGCAGCCACAGGCGUCCACCCUAUCAUCCCUGCUGUGUGGCUAAAGGAUCAGGUGUGCUUUCUUUUGAAGCUUAUGCUGCAGCAGUGUAGAACCCAGUAUGAAUUGGGGAAACUUUUGCAGCUGUUUGUUGGAAUAGAACAUCUCCUAUCUGAUGGUCCAGAUGUGAAGAAGCUGUGUUUCCUGAGCCAAAUUUUGAAGGAUACAUCCAUAGCCAUUAAUCAUGCAAUUAUUACCAGCUACAGCUCUGAUAAUUUUCAGCAUGAAUGUAGAUCUAUUUUGGAAAGACUGCAAGCAGAUGGACAAUUUGCUUUAGCCAGGAGGGUAGCAGAAUUAGCUGAAUUACCUGUGGACAACUUGGUUAUUGAAGAGAUAACUCAAGAAAUGCAGAUUCUAAAACACACUGAACAGUGGUCCCUGAAACAAGCAAAAAAUGACUUCUGGAAAAAAUGCCAUGAGAAUUUUAAGAAAAAUUCCAUUUCGAGCAAAGCAGCAUCUUCCUUUUUCUCAGCCCAGGCCCUUGUGGCAUGUGAGUACCCAGUUGAGGAACAGCAGAGCAGCCUUGAGGAGCGCCAUCUGCUGCUAACCCUGGCAGGGCACUGGCUUGCCCAGGAGGACCUGGUCCCCUUGGACAAGCUGGAGGAGCUGGAGAAACAGAUCUGGAUCUGCCGUGUCACCCAUCACACCCUUGGAGGAAACCAGGAGGAAAUAGAUCCCAGAUUUUCUCAACAAAUCUUAACUAGUGGCAAACUUUCCUUUGAUAACUUAGCCCAUGAGUUUUCCUUCUCCAAGUUGGCUGCUCUGAACACAUCAAAAUACUUAGAACUUAAUGGCCUCCCAUCCAAAGAGACAUGUAAGGAUAGACUGAAUUGGAAGGAGGAGGAGUCACUAAACUUCUUGAUUGGGCACCUGUUGGAUGAUGGCUGUGUGCAUGAAGCAAGCAGAGUAUGCCGGUAUUUUCAUUUCUAUAACCGAGACGUUGCCUUGGUGUUGCACUGCAGAGCACUGGCCUCAGGGGAUGCUAGAAUGGAUGACCUGCACCCAGAGAUCCAUGCUCUCCUACAUAGUGCUGAGCUGCUCAAGGAAGAAGAGGAGUCUGGUGUGCCUCCGAGGAAAGUCCAGAGCACUUCAAGUCUGGGUAGUCAGUCGUUUGUGAUGGUAUCCUCCGGUGAUGAAGUGGUGACUAAUCUAGAAAUUCUGACAAGCAAAUGCCUCCAUGGGAAGAACUACUGCCGGCAGGUCCUCUGUCUGUAUGAGCUUGCCAAGGAGCUGGGCUGUGCCUACACAGAGGUCGCUGCCCAGGAUGGGCAGACUGUGCUCGGGGCAAUCUUGGCCUCUCAGCAGCCUGACCGAUGUAAGCGAGCCCAGGCCUUCAUCAGCACCCAGGGCCUCCAGCCAGACACCGUGGCCGAACUUGUGGCUGAAGAGGUGACAAGAGAGCUGCUGACCCUGUCGGAGGGAACAGGACAUAAACAGAUGUCCAACCCAGCAGAGGAAAGCCAGACAUUUCUUCAGCUAACUGCUCUGUGUCAAGACCGCACAUUGGUAGGCAUGAAGUUGUUGGAUAAGAUUUCCUCCAUUCCCCAUGGGGAAUUAUCUUGCACCACAGAGCUGCUGAUCCUGGCCCAUCAGUGCUUCACUCUGACAUGCCACAUGGAGGGCAUCAUCCGAGUCCUGCAGGCUGCCCGGCUGCUGACAGACAACUACUUGGCCCCCAGUGAGGAGUACGGGCUGGUGGUGCGCCUCCUUACAGGCAUUGGACGGUACAAUGAGAUGACAUACAUAUUUGAUUUGCUGCAUAAAAAACACUACUUCGAAGUGCUAAUGAGGAAGAAGUUGGAUCCGAGUGGCACCUUGAAGACAGCCCUGCUGGACUAUAUCAAACGCUGCCGCCCUGGGGACAGCGAGAAGCACAACAUGAUUGCCCUCUGUUUCAGCAUGUGCCGGGAGAUUGGCGAGAACCACGAGGCAGCUGCCUGCAUCCAACUGAAAUUGAUUGAGUCUCAGCCCUGGGAGGAUAGCCUCAAGGAUGGACAUCAGUUGAAGCAGAUGCUGCUGAAAGCCCUGACUCUGAUGCUGGAUGCAGCAGAAAGUUAUGCCAAGGACUCCUGCGUGAGACAGGCCCUGCGCUGUCAUCGGCUCACCAAGUUGAUAACACUGCAGAUUCACUUUCUGAACACUGGCCAGAACACAAUGCUUAUCAACCUGAGCCGCCACAGGCUGAUGGACUGUAUUAUAGGCCUGCCUCGGUUCUACCAGGCUUCUAUUGUGGCUGAGGCCUAUGACUUUGUUCCAGAUUGGGCUGAAAUUCUAUACCAACAAGUGAUUCUUAAAGGAGACUUUAAUUAUUUGGAAGAAUUUAAGCAGCAAAGGUUAUUGCGAUCCAGUAUAUUUGAAGAGAUUUCAAAUAAAUAUAAACAACACCAGCCUACUGACAUGAUUGUGAAAAAUCUGAAGAAGUUACUCACAUAUUGUGAAGAUGUCUACCUAUAUUAUAAGCUGGCAUAUGAACACAAGUUUUAUGAUGUUGUGAAUGUGCUUCUGAAGGAUCCUCAUACAGGAUGUUGUCUGAAGGACAUGCUAGCAGGUUAGAUGGAUUCAGGUGACAUGGCAAGGGGUGGGAGUUGCUGCCAAGGUAGGCUUUAUAAGGUGCCUUUUUCUUGUAUCAAAAUGAGGUACUGACAACAAAUGCCUGUAACCAGAGCAGGAUAAUCCACUGGGGGUCUUUGUUGUCUGAGGUGUAAAACCCCAGUGUAUCAUACCAAUGCUUGGUAGGACUUUUCACAAUGAAGUUCCUAUUUAAAAGUGGUUAUUCAUCUAUACCAUGUUAUGUGGAUACUAGUAAUAAGAUCAAAAACUUCAUUUUCCUCAGAUGGUAUCUACUUUAGGAGAUGACACUCUAUUGAUUAAAGAAUACCUGUGCCUGCAGACUCCAGUUUCAAAGGAAUUUAAUAUUAUUUACAUAGUUAAGGAACAGGUGAUACAUUUCCAUUUGUUAGAAACUGAUCUCUCUAUAAUAAAAUAGAUUUUAAAUUCA